CUGAGGAAACCGGUGGUGGAGAAAAUGCGCCGCGACCGGAUUAACAGCAGCAUCGAGCAGCUGAAAGUUUUGCUGGAGAGGGAAUUCCAGUGCCACCAACCCAAUACCAAGUUGGAGAAAGCUGACAUUUUAGAAACGGCUGUCAGCUAUCUGAAGAAACAGCAUCAGAUGCAGGAAUCAGGCGUGAAAAACCCCGAAUUCGAUUUCCACACGGGUUACCUGCGCUGCUUAAGGGAAGCCUUCUGCUUCCUCUCCUUCUGCCAGACCAAGAAGGAGACCCAGGCCCGACUGAUCAAACAUUUCUGCAAAAUCCACACCAUCUCCGAUGCCACCUUCUCCCUCCUCUCGUCUCCUGCGCCCAAGAAGCCGCCCGCCGCCAAGAAGCCCACCCCACCAGCCGCAGCCUUCAUCUGGAGACCGUGGUAGAGCUGGUGGCUGACCCCCCUGAAGACCCCCGGAAGAGGUCAUUGGAAAGGCCCACUCGCCCCAAUCCGUGGAUUCCCAACCAGGAGAAGAAUUAGGGGGAUGGGUUCCCCCCCCCGUUGUUGGGGAGUGGGGGUAAAAGAGAACCCCUUCUCUUCCCACGUUUUUUCCUUCAUAGUGAAGGGAUGAGUUCUGCAGGAACACAGAGAGAGAGACAGUUAUAAAGACCCCACGCUGUAUCAAACCCAGUGGGUUUAGGGGCUGGGGGCUUCGUGUCCAAUCUGGGAGCUGCUUUGCAAAGGGGAGUGGGGCCCGGAAGGCUGUGGGAAUCUCUGGGAAUGUGGUGUCCUUCGGAAAGAAGGGGGCUUUGGGGUGGUGAGGCUUUAAAAGGAGUAGUUUGUAUCAAAAAAAGUUGACCUCUUCCUUUUCCUUCCUUCAUUCUCUUCAUCUUUUCUUCCAUCCCUUUCUCCCUUGCUUC